AUGAGUUGCUCAGUUUGCGGAUUGAACUUCUUAAGAAAAGAUAAAGGUUGUCAAUAGAAGGAAUGCCAAAAAUGUAAAUUAAAAUAUCAUAGAUUUUGUUAUGGGUAUAAUAAUUUAGAUGAAGAAUGUGAUCCUUGCUAAGAUAAUGUUUAGAAACCUGUAUGUUACAUUUGUGGGUAGGAUGGAUUGCUUAGGAGAGUUUCUGGAUAUAAUGGUAUGUAUGUACAUGUACUCUGUGCUAUUUUUGAUCCUUGUAUACAAGUGAGAGAUUACCAUACUAUGUCAUUUGGUUUAUAAGAGUAGAAAGAUAAAAAAACAAAGGAAAAAUGCUUGAAUUGUGAUAAGCCUGGAGCAUCAAUAAAAUGUUUGGAUUGUGAUGGUUUUGCACAUCCACAUUGUAUUAUGAAAGAGAGAGUUUAGAAAGAGUUGGAGUUGAUUGAAAAUGAAUAAUGGAUUCUAAAUCUUAGGUUUCAUGGCAAUAAUUAGGAUCCAAACAGCAUAGAAGUAGAUUAAUAGGAAAUUAAAAAUGAAUUAGACGAUAUCUAAGAGGCCUUUUCAAUUUCAAUAGAUAACAUUUUUGAUGUUCAAUAAAAGAAUGACAAAUCAACCAGUCAAUUGAAGAAUGAAGUAUUAAUUAAUUUAGAAUCAAUUUUUCAAAAUUAUUCAAUACCCAAAAAAAAAGAAUAAUUUUGGUCAGAUAAUGAUAAAAUUGAAGGUUAUUGCUAAUCUCAUAUGGAGAGUCAUGUCAUUUUUUGUAUUUGUAGAAAAUCAUUAAAUAACUAACAAAUGGUGUAAUGUGAUCAUUGUUAUGAGUGGUUUCAUUUUGUGUGCAUUAAAAAGAAACAAAUCAAACAAGAUUCCUAUGUUUGUGAAUCUUGUAAGAGAUGGAGCAGCAGAAGAUAUAAAAUUGAUUUGGAUGAUCCUAUCUUGUUGAGUUUAGAGGAUUUAGUAAUUCCGAAAGAAAUAUUAAAAAUUCAUUUAUUGGAUGUCUUACCUUUAUUAUUAUACAUGGAGGCUAUUAUGAGAAAGUUACCCAGAUUACCUUUAACUUAAGAUGACUAUUAGAAUCUGAAACAUCUAAAAUCCUUUUUAGCUUCUAUGCCAAUAAAACCAUCUGCAGAAAUUCAAUUGGAUAAAAUAUUAUUGAAGUAGAAAUUAUUGGAAGAACUGAAAUAGUAAAUGUUAUCUAUACUUCCGAUUUAGUUAGAAAAUAAUGCCUCUUUCUUUGAUGAAUUAACAAUUUAAUUAAAAAACAAAGGGUAUUCAUUCGAUAAAGAGGAAAGAAAAGCGAUAAAAUCAUAUAUAUUGUCACGAAAAUAAAUGAAACUUAAAAUUGAAAAAGGGAUUGGUGAUGGUUUUUUAAUUGAAACUACAUUGAAUCUCUUGAAUGAAUGCGUAAUUGAUCCACAUAAAUUGUUUGUCCAUCCUAAUGAAACUCUAUUAUAAUUAAUUAAUCGCUAUAUUGUAUCAUCAAAUAUUAAGAAAGAAUUUAAAAAACUCUUUGAAGGAGCGAAGUUUUAAUGGGAUGUUCCAUUCAUAGAGAGCUAAUUAGAACUGACUGUUUACAAGUAAUAUAUAUUGAUGAAAAAUUAAAAAAGUAAGCCACUUGUGGAGAAAUUGUUUGAAUUAAAAAAGAUGGCCAAUAAAAGUAAUAUUACAAUGGGAUGUGUCAAAUUAAUAGAAAAACUAAUAUCUGAAAGCAUAACUCUCGAAGAUGUAAAUAUCCAAAAUAACUUUUAAUAAAUCAUAGAAUUCCCUUUUAAUAGUGACAAAUUGUUAAAUCAAAUUUAAUCUCAUUUUGAAGCUCAAUUGAUCUAGGAAUUUAGAACAGACUUGGAAUCGAAAAUAGAUAGAAACUGCAGAUUGACUGAAAGAGAGUCUUAAGGACUUUAUAGUUUUGAAAAUAUCUAAAGAGCAGCUUAAGAAUCGCCAGUGAUUAAAAGAGUCUUUGAUUAAUUGGUUGAAAUUCACAAUAAAUGUUAAAGCUAAGAGAAAAUAACAAGUUAAUUUUGUUAAGAUAUAAUAGCUUUGAUGGAUAAAUGUUUAUUGACAAGCGAAUAUUUAGAGAAUUACAAAAAAAAGCUUAAACAAUUCAAAGAACUUGAUCAUAAAUUGAAGGAGAUCUUAACACUGAAGGAAUUGGAAGAUAUUGAAAAGCUAUGUAACUCAAAUGGAUUCGAAUUAGAUAUUUCAACUCGUAAGACAGAAUUAAUGUAGGCAAUUGAAAUAGUUGAAAGUAAGCCUAGGAUUUUAGAUAAUUUGGAUUAAUAUAGAUAUCUGAAAUCUGGUGAUCUUGAAUAAUACAUUAAGUAGAGUCAAUAAUAGGUGGAAUUUAUUCGGCAAUUAUUUUAUGUAGCUUAUAAGAGACAAGAUAAUAUUUAAGUAAUGUUAUAGAGAGUGAAGGAGAUUAGAGAUUUAGAUUUUAAUAAUGAACUUAUUGCAUAGGUGAAGAUCCCAGAAGUAGUCUUUGAUGAGAUAUCAUAAAUUGUAUUGAGUUUUAGAUAAAUACAAUGGAGAUACGAAUGUUAGAAAUUAUUGAAUGAAUCUAAAAAUGUUGAAGCAUAAAAUGGAAAAAAGAAAUACAAUAUUGUUUAAGUGUUGAAAUUAUUGAAUAGUGAUAAUUAGAUACAAGAUCAUUAUUACUUGAUGUUGAUGCAAAAGAUAAAAUCUAAAUAUGAAGUUUGGCUACAGUCUUUGAGAGAGUUUGAGAUCAAAUUGGAGGGUUCAAAAGCUCCAGAGCAAUACAUAUUCAUUUAAAUAAUAAACAACAAUUGUUAUUAUGAACCAAAUGUGUAAAGUAGAUUAUGGACAUUCUAUAUUUAGAUGCUUUGGAUGUAAAAGGCUGAGGAAUUCUUAGAUUAAAAUGCAAAUGUUCUAAGCAUAAGAACUCUGAUCAACAGCGCUCAAAUUGCAAAUAUCAAACCAAAUAAUCAAUUAUUGGUUAAAUUAAGAGAAAAUAUAAAGAUUUACGAUGAUUUGAAUUAGAAAAUCAAAGAUUAUUAAGAAUAAAGAUUAAUUUGGUUAAGAAAUAAAGAUUAGAUUAACAAUUUGCAAACAUAUUAAUAAUACUUUACCUUUUUGGAGAAUAAACCAGAUGCUGAAAUCAUGAGUGAAUUAUAGAAUCAAGUUAAGUAAUUUCAAGGACUCAAAUUUAAGGAUUUGGGAGAUGAUCUUUAGGAAGUAAAAUAAGUACUGUCUCAAUAUAAUGAACUUGUACAGAAAUAGCCUGAUAAUAAUCUGUAUAUUUAAUAGUUACUAAAAAUACGAACAUGUUAUUGUCAUUGCUAUUUGAAAAUUCAAGGAUUUAGUCUAUAAUUGAUGUACAAUCUGAUCAAGUAACAAUCCUUAAGAUGUUUGAAAUAAAGAAGUUCGAAUGAUCAGAUGUAAGAAAGACUGAAUGAAGUUGAGCUGUUAGUUACUUUUGGAGGAGAGGAAUGGCAAUAAAAAUUAGGGCAGAUUAAUAAACAGAGAUAAAAGAAUACGAAUAGUGCAGAUCUAAAAUUUAUAGAUUAUAGUUUAAGGGAUGAUUUUGAAUGGAUAGGGUGGAUGAAAGAAAACAUGCAGAAUGUGAAUCAAUGUCUUGAUUAAGAAACAUAAAAUAAGAAACAUUUGAAAGAGGAGAAAAUUCAAAAUAAAAAGGAAUAGUCAACUAAAGUAGAGGAUGUUUGGGGAGAUUUGAGAAAAGCAUCGAAAGAGAGAUUCACAAGAUUAUUAGGGAGAUUCAAAAAUUGGAGAUAAGUGAAUGAAUAAUCGAUACUCAACUUAGAAUCAUAAAUCUUUUUGGAAAUGAAUUUGAAUAAAGAGAAAUACUUAAAAGAGAUUUAGAAUGUUCAAGAAAUCAUCAAAUUAAACAAAUAGAAAAAUUUAACAUAUGAAGAAAUUAAGAAAGUGAAAGAUCGCUCAACAAACAAGUAAUCUCAGAGUUAUUAAUAAGCCAUUAUUGAAAAGAAAAAAAAAUAACAAUAAUAGGCAAUUAAAAUUGUUGAAGUAGCCCCCUAAUAAAUUCCAUCAAUACUUUAUGAGAAAUCAUUGUACCAUAAUGAAUCAGAAAAACAAAAAAAAAAAUAAGGUUAAUCAUUGUUAUAAUGUCCUGAAGCCUAGGCCUAGAUUGAAAUAUCUAAAAUCAAAGAGAAAAAAUAAUUGAUACAUAUAGGAGAACUGAAUCUAUUAUUGAAGAAGAGGCCAGAUGAGAUCAGAGAAUCAUGGUUAAUACGACCAUAAUUGUUAACAUAUGAUCAUCAAUAUGCUUAAUUCCUUCCAAGGCCAGAAUUGAUUACACUUACUUAACAGUUGUUGACUAUUUUACUCAAAACAAGAUGGGUUUAUUCCAAAAAUAUAGCUGUGGCUGGAGACCUUUUUAAUCUUGCAGAUAAAUUGAAGAAUUCCAAAUAAUGCCUUGGCACUAAAUAGGGAAAUGUAGGAUUGACCUUAAUAUAUUAUAAUUUCUUAAAGAAGUUAAAACCUGCUACUAAAUGGAUACUAAUGAGGGAUCAAUUUGAAAAUCAACAAAUCAUGAACAAUUUAUAAAAUUAUCAUACUCUUAAGAAAUUCCAAGAUCGCCUUUGUUUUAUUUAUUAUAUUAAAGAAUGCAAGGCACCUUUUAAUACUAUCAUAUCGUAGCCUGUGGAUUACAUCGACGUGAUGGAGGACCCAAAACUCAGGAAUAUCAUAGAGAACUAUAGGGCUCUCAAAAAAAUGCAAAAGGCAUAAAAUUAAAAAACAGACUCUGUAUAAAAUCAGCUUCUAGAACCUAUUAAUUAAGAGGAGAAUAAAGAUGAUAAUGUCUAAUAGAACUCAGAUGCCUAAACUAUGCUUAAGGAAAUUCCUGGUAUUUUAAGCUUAUAAAAUUGAUGAUUUAUAAUAUAUAUGUUAAGAAAGCUAUUUUUGUUAUG